CACAUUUUAGCCAAUGUUGUUGACAAUUUUUGUGUCGUUUGCCAAUUUUUGUGUUUUCCCGACUUUGUAAGAUAAGCAAUAGCUUUCGGGCCUUAAAUAGCAUGUAAUUGUGAUUGUUCAUGGCUAACCGCGAUGUAUUCUCAAAGAUCCUGCCAAAUGUCAAGUUGGGCACCCGCUACGACGAGGAUGGGCGUGAAGUUCAGGUGGAGCGUCGCGAGGACUCGGAUGCCACGGCCAAGGAGCAGGACACCUUCGACAUACUGGUGGCAGCCGGAUAUUAUCGUGCCCGCAUCAAGGGCUUAUCCGCAUUCGAUAAGGUUGUGGGCGGUAUGACUUGGUGCAUCGAAUGCUGCGACUACGAUGUGGACGUGGACCUUCUGUUCCAUGAGAGUCUGUCCAUUGGACAGAAGAUUGCCUUGGUGGAGAAGAUCGUAGCCGUCCUGAUUGACAUGAAGUGCCCACACAGCCUGGAACCCCAUCAAGUGCAGGGUCUGGAAUUCUUGGCCAUACAUCCCGUCAUCCAGUGGCUAGUUAAGACCUCUGUGGAAAACCGAGCGGAGCGUGGGCAGCGCUUGAAGAGAUUUGCCAUCGGCCAGUUUCAUAAUCACUAUCAGUACAAAAGCGACAAGGACAAUCUCACUAAAAUACGCCUGGCCUCCACAAACAUUAAGGCUAUACAGGAUCUGUACGGCCCCAGGAGGCAGUACGAACGCCAAGAAGCUCCUGAUGAUGAUGAUGAUGUGUCCAGGGUGCGUCUUACUCUUUUAGAAUACGGAGAUCCAGGACCGACCUUUAGGAGCAGCGCUGAAAGAAAGGCGGAUCGGGGUCCUGGAGAAAAAGAUGAGCUCGAUCUGGAGGAGUAUCUUCGCAGCUUAUCUCUCAUCAAAGAUGACCCGACGGGCACUCAAAAGCGCAUUGAUCUCGAUCCUACAGCACGGCAAGAGCUUCAACAGCACUAUGCUGAAUUCAAGCUGGAAAUGGAGACGGAUGCCCAAGAGUUGAAAUCACAAAACCAACAAAAACGUCUCGAGGCGGCCAAAAUUGCUAUGGAACAUAAGAUUAGACGUUACUGCAAGGAAAACGAACAGCUGCAAGAUGCUGAAAAUGAGCAGAAAGAAAAGACCAAGGAAGUGGAGGACCAAUUGAAUACCUUAAAUACUGAGCUCAAAGCACACAAAGAUACACAGGAUAAAGCAGAUCCAAAGCUCCUCGAAAAAAUACAGAGUUUGCUGCAACAACAUGAAGAGCUGAAGAAAAGCGAGGCGGAAUUCAAGGAAUCUUGUCGCACCGAUUUGGCCAAUCUACAGCUGCAAAUCGAUGACCUGGAAUCAUUUAGUGCCCAAGACGCGGAAGCACAAGCCGCAGCAUUGGCCGGUGAGGAGCAACGUCUGAAGGAGCUGCGCCUGCAGUUGGCCAAGAGAAAUCGCGGAAUUGUGGCCAUCGAACGAAAACUUGAUGCCAUUCCUGAUCGCACAGAGCUGGCCCAAUACCAGAGACGUUUCCACGAACUGCACAACGAGAUGAGCGGCAAGCAUCUGGAAACCAAGCAAUAUUACACCCUGUACAACACACUCAACGACAAAAAGCGCUACAUGGAAAAGGAACUGGCCCUACUUAACUCCAUCUGCGAAGCGUACAACGAGGGUAUGAUGAGUCCGCACGGCCGCGAGGACUUUAUCCGCCAGUUUGAGUCCAUCGUGGACGGCGUUAAGAGUGCCCAGGACAAGGUGCGUCACAAGUACAACGAGGAGCGGAUGCGUCGCGACGAGCUGAACGAGGAGCUGCAAUCGCUGCUGGAACUGCAGCGCCAGUAUGCUCUGGCUGUCAAGCAGCUAACCCGCGAGUGCCAGCGCUGCGAGCAGCUGCAACUGCAGCUCAGGUCAAUUAGGGGCAGGACCCAGUCCUAGCCCAUUUUAACUAUUGAUUACUAAACACGAAACACUCUUAGCGUAUUCGUUCAAUAAAUUAUAACGCCCC